AUGGCGGAUCCAAAUAAUUUACCGCCUAGACCACCCCAAAGUACUACACCUAGAACAGGUGUUCCACAAUGGUCGAUUACACGGAGAGAACGAACAGAAAUGACUCCUCCAGGUCGUAGCAGUAGUCGAAGUGGAACAGAGGGAGGAGAUUCCGACUCUGACAGUGGUGGAGGGAUUUAUAGAGCUAGAACUGUUACAAGUACAGAAAGAGUUCAAAUAGUACAAAUGCCAAUGGAAUUGAGCCAAGUUAGCUCAGAACAAUUGGAAAUGAUUUCAUUAUCGCCAGAAACUGAAGCGAGCAGAGAAGUUUGCACAACUACAACAACUAUUGAAGCUGGUGCUGUGCCCAUUGUUGGAGGUUUAACUAAUUCUGGGGUCCCUAUAGUCAGCGGCAUUUUCUUAAAUAGAGAAUCACGUCGAACUACAACAAUAAUUACAACAACCAAAACAACAUAUAAAAUAUUGGAAGAUACAAGUGAUGAUGAUUUGGAGUUUGUACAAAUGCCAGAAUCUACAAUAUCAACAUCCACAGCUACUACAAUAAAAGAAAAGGACGAUUUUCUAAUAAUAAAUAAAACAGAUAGUUCAAUAACUUCAACAAGUGAAGAUGAUGAUAAUUAUGAUUUAAAAUCUUCAACAUCUUCACUUUUAUUAAAACAAAUUCCUUUAAAAACUAAAAAUGAAGAAGAUGAUGAAGAAACUGUAAUAACUACAACUAAUACAACAAUUGAUAAAUUAAAUGAAAAUAAAGAGAAGGAAGACGAAGAAAUUAUUGUUACUUCGUCUAAUAUUGUUGUAAUCCCCUCAGAAAUCCGCUCACCGCCAUAUUCUCCACAUUCUUUUGCAAAUACAUCUACAUUUUCCUCUCCAAAUAGUGAAGGUAUUAUGCACACAUUUGAUGAUGAAGAAUUUUGUGCUCAAUUGGCAAAAGCAGCUGAAGCUUCUAUUUCACCUUUCAUGCAUAAGACGACAACAACAAAGCCAGUUAGGGAAAUUAGUGAAGAACCUUUAGAACACUGGGUUAUGUUGCCGGACAGUCGGCAACCAUUAAAGGAGUGUAGUACACAAACUAUAGAAGAAGAAAUUGAAGAGCCUCAUCCUUCAACCAGCUGUUGGGAUGAAGCAAAAAGUGUUGAGAUUGAUAAUUAUGUUAAUGUUUAUUCUAAUGGAUACUAUUCAAAAUUAGUAGAAGAUGAAGAGGGAAUAUUAAAUGGGACUAAAAGAGAAUCACCUCUGGCUAAUUUGUUUGAAACUACUCAACAGCCACAAUUAAAAGAAUCUCAACUUGAUAAACACGUUAGUGUUUAUUCUUCAGGAUAUUCAGAUGAAAUUAAACCAAAAACUUCAAAAAUGAAAGAAUAUACAAAAAUUGAAGAACCAUUUAUUGGAAAUAUUUAUGGAUUGGAAAGGAAUGAAUUGGAAGAUUUACCUUUAGAAGUUGAAAGGAAACAUGAUGGAUUCUAUGAUGUUUUACCUUCCACCUCAACAAUGGGUGAAGCAGAAAAGAAACAUGGAACAUUUGAGAAGCUAACAAAUAUUUUUAAAGGUAGCAAAGGUGUGGACGAAUUUCCAGUCGAUUCCGAGCCUUUCACUGGCCCAAUCUUUAACACUAACUUAAUUUCUGAAGCACCAAACGAACAGAUUAUUUCGUUUGUCAAUAUGUAUUCAACAGGGCGUUCUGAUGAGAUAACAAUGGUGCCGACAACUUCAGAAUUUCCAAAAAUUGAAGCUCCCUUUAUUGGCACCCUUUCUGAAACAAAUAAAUCUGAAUUGGAAACGAUCCCAUUGGAAGUAGAGAGGAGGCAUAUUGGCUAUUACAAAAAUUUACCUCUCCUAAUUGAAGAAGAAAAGAAGCCUGGAGCAUUGGAAAAACUAACUCAGAUAUUCAAAGAAAGCAAAAAAAUCGAAGAAUAUCCUGUUGAAUCAGUUCCGUUUACUGGCCAAGUUGCAAGUACUAGUGCUAUGCUUGAAGCUAAAAAUGAGCCUAUCCAUUCUUUUGUUAGCAUUUAUUCUUCUGGGCGUUCUGAUGAAGUUCCAACAACGAAAGCUGCAGAAUUUCCCUUUAAUGAAUCUCCAUUCACUGGCAAUGUUUCUGAAUCAAAUCGGCGGUUAGAACUUACUCCAAUACCUUUGGAGAUUGAAAAACAGCAUGUUGGCUAUUACGAUCAUUUGCCUUCAACAAGUAAUGAAGAAGAGAAGAAGCCUGGAGCGCUAGAAAAACUAACUCAGAUUUUCAAAAGGCCCAAAACAGAUGGAGAUUACCCAGUUGAUUCUGAACCUUAUACUGGAUAUUUAAAGUCAUUGAAUAAAAUUUCUGAAGCUAGAGAAGAGCCAAUCCAUUCAUUAGUUAGUGUCUACUCGUCUGGGAAAUAUGACGAAAUUCCAACAACAAAAAUGAAUGAAUAUCCUUCAAAUGAAGCUCCGUAUAUUGGCAAUGUUCCUGAGUCUAGGAUAGUGCCGGACUUGGAAAGAAUACCAUUAGAGGUUGAAAAACAGUUUGACUUGCCUAGAGAGCUUCCAACAGAAUUAACAGAGUAUCCCAACUUUGAGGAAAUAUUUAUUGGCCAUAUUCAUGAGUUACAAAGAAAUGAGGUAGAAAAUGUGCCAUUGGAAGUUGAGAAGAAACACAUUGGAUUUUAUGAAGGGACCCCUUCAACAUCAAUUGAAGAGAAAAAGCAUGGAACUCUAGAAAAACUAACAAGAAUUUUUAAAGGAAGCAAGAAAAGCGAAGAAUUUCCUGUUGAUUCUGAACCAUUUGCAGGCUUAAUUCCCACUACUAGUGCCAUGCCUGAAGCUCAAACAGAACCAAUUCAUUCUUUUGUUAGUGUCUACUCUUCUGGACAUUCUGAUGAACAACCAUUAACAAAACCGACAGAAUAUCCACAAAUUGAAGAGCCAUUUACUGGACAUAUCACAGAGUCAAUAAAAGGGGCUGAAUUAGGUGUACAACCUUUGGAGCUCGAGAGGUUACAUACUGGCUUUUAUCAAAAUCUGCCUACAAUUCAUUCUGAAAUGGAACAUAUGCCAAUUGGAUUCGAAACGAAGCACAUAGGAUAUUAUGAACAGCUGCCCUCAACAUUAACUAAAGGAUCAGAAUAUCCCAAACAUGAAGAACCAUUUAUUGGCCACAUUCAUGAUUUACAACAAAAUGAAAUUGAUAGUGUGCCAAUAGAGGUUGAAAAUAAGCACGUUGGAUAUUACGAACAUCUUCCUUCAACAACUAGCAAAGAAGAAAAAAAGCCGGGAACUUUAGAAAAAUUAACUAGCCUCUUUAAAGGAACUAAAACAGAAGGAGAAUUCCCGGUCGAUGCUGAACCUUAUUCUGGCCCUAUCACAUUGACUAACACCGAUACUGAUAUGACAACAGAACCAAUCCAUUCAAUGGUCAGUAUCUACUCUUCCGGAAGGUCUGAUGAGAUUCACCAAUCAAAAUCAACAGAAUUUCCAAUUAAUGAAACUCCAUUUGUUGAUCAUGUCCCAGAGUCAAAGCUUCAUUCUGGAAUGGAACAUACACCUCUGGAUUUGGAAAAGAAGUAUAUAGGGUAUUAUGAGCAGCUUCCCUCAACGUCAACAAAAACCUCAGAAUAUCCAGAACCUGAACAACCAUUUAUUGGCGAUACUCAUUCUUUACAACGAAAUGAAGUGGAAAAUAUGCCAAUGGAAAUUGAAAAUAAACAUAUUGGUUUUUACGAGCAUCUUCCGUCUUUAACUGUCAAAGAAGAAAAGAAGCCUGGAACAAUUGAAAAACUGACUAAGAUUUUUAAAGGAGGCAAAAAUUUUGAAGAGUAUCCUGUCGAUUCGAAGCCAUAUUCUGGCUCGAUUGCCAGUACAAGCACAAUGUCUGAAUACAAAACGGAGCCACUUCAUUCAUUAGUCCAUGUCUACUCUUCUGGUCGUUCUGAUGAAGCUCCUUUAGUAUCAAAAUUGCCAGAAUAUCCAAAAGAACAACAAUACAUUGGACACGUUCCAGAUUCUUCUAGACAAAAUGAAUUACAUGAAAUCCCUCUCGAAGUUGAAAGGAGACAUAUUGGUUAUUAUGAACACCUUCCUCUACAACCUAAAGAAGAGCCAAAACAUCAUGAGGCACUCGAAAGUUUAACACAUUUUUUCAAAAGUGAACCAAAGCAUGAAACUUACCCCAAAGAUAUGACCCCAUUUUCUGGACAUUUAUUUGAAACCUCACGACCUUUAGAAUUAACUGAAGCACCAAUAGAUAGUCAAGUUGCCGUUUAUUCUUCUGGACGUUCUGAUGAAAUGCCAACAAAAAUAAUAAAAAUAUCAGAAUUUCCAAUUAAUGAAGAUCCAUUUAUUGGGGAUAUUUAUGAAGCAAAACUUGAAGAAAUUAAAGAGGUUCCUUUGGAUGUUGAAAGGAAAAAUGUUGGUUAUUAUGAACAUCUGCCUUCUACAUCAACAAAAACAUCAGCAUAUCCAAACAUUCAACAACCAUUUAUUGGCCAUAUUCAUUCUUUACAACGAAGUGGGGUGGAAGAUAUGCAAAUGGAAAUUGAAAACAAGCAUCCGGGAUAUUACGAGCAUCUUCCGUCUUUAACUGUUAAAGAAGUGAAGCCUGGAGCAUUGGAAAAACUUACUCAUAUAUUUAAAGGGAUUAAAAGUACUGAAAAGUUCCCUGAAGUCACUGAACCGUAUAUUGGCCCCCUUACAAGCACCAAUAUAGCUCCUGAGGUAAAACAUCAACCAAUACUUUCAAUGGUCGGAGUUUAUUCUUCCGGACUUUUUGAAGAAAACGAAGCAACAAAUAAGACAGAAUACCCAAUAAACGAAGAACCAUUUGCAGGGAAUAUUUAUACCUUACAAAAAGAUGAGCUUGAUGAGAAACCUCUAGAAGUUGAGAAAAAGCACAUUGGAUUUUAUGAAGGGACCCCUUCAACAUCAAAGGAAGAAAAGCAUGGAGCACUUGAAAAACUAUCAAGAAUUUUUAAAGGAAGCAAGAAAAGUGAAGAAUUUCCUGUAGAUUCUGAACCAUUUUCCGGCUUAAUUGCCACUACUAGUGCCAUGCCUGAAGCUCAAACAGAACCAAUUCAUUCUUUUGUUAGUAUCUACUCUUCUGGACAUUCUGAUGAACAACCACCAGUAAAGACAGCAGAAUUUGUUGAAGAAAUAGUUGGCAAUCUACCUGAAACGAUGGUGCAUUCUGAAAUGGAACAUAUGCCUAUUGAAUUUGAAAGGAGGCACAUAGGAUAUUAUGAACAGCUUCCCUCAACAUCAACAAAAACACCAGAAUAUCCCAAACUUGAAGAGCCAUUUAUUGGCCACAUUCAUUCCUUACAACGAAAUGAAGUUGGAAAUUUACCAUUGGAAGUUGAAAAUAGUUAUAUGUGAUAUUACGAACAUCUUCCAUCCUUAACAGCUGUCAUUGAAGAAAAGAAGCCUGGGGCUUUAGAAAAAUUAACUAAUCUCUUCAAAGGAACUAAAACAGGAGAAUUUCCUAUUGAUUCAGAGCCUUAUCAUGGUCCAAUCACAUUGACCAACACCGAUACUGAUUUAACAACG